AUGCCACAGAUUCGUCAUAUGUACUGCCAAAUGAGUAUGCUCAUCCCGCUCGGGUCACCCGAUAUAACUGUUGACGAGAACAGCACCAUCGAACACAAUCGCCUUGAUGCUCAAGCUGCAGCAAUCGUGGAGAUGAUUGGAGGCGUGCCUUUCCAAGCCGUACUCCAGCAUAUGCCUACUGUUAGUAAGGCAGCAGAUAUCGGCUGUGGCACCGGAAUUGCGACUCUCCAGCUUGCGUCUCUCUUCCCCAAAGCAAGCAUACAGGGCCUGGACAUCUCGCCAGUCCCUGAGACAACAAAACAAAUCACCCCUACCAACGUUACUUGGUUCGUUGGCAACAUUCUCGAUCCUGAGUUUGUCAAGACGGCCAGUGAUACCGGCGAUCAAGGCUUUCGAGGGCUGGACUAUGCAUUUGGCCGAAUGCUGUUCCUGGGUAUCAACGAUUGGCCGAGCUAUUUCUCCACAGCUCUCCAGUUGAUGAAUCCUGGUGCCGUUCUUGAACACCAAGACCUCGAUUGGAAGUUUUACCGCGUUGGGUCUUCGCAAUGUCUGAGUGAUGAAUGGGAGUGGCAUCAGAGAGUCAUGAAAGCGAACGCCAAAUCUGGGCUGUCAAAUUAUGCUGGCUCUGGCGCCGAACAACAUAUGCGCGAUGCUGGGUUUGAGAUUAUAUCCGUUCGACAGUUCGAGUUCUCAUUCGUGCCAUCCAGCACAACCCCCAACAGUCAGGCCAUGGGUAGAUAUGUGCAGGCAAGGCUGAUGCCCAAUUACCCAGAACUCCUCCGUAAGAUGCUGGGAACGCAAGGAGUUUCUGAGACUGAGCUAGCUAGGUUGACCAAGGACUGUCUGCGAGAUCUUAAAUCCGAACAUGGCCUGCAUCAGAAGUACACAGUCACUCUAAGUAGAAAGCCCCUAAACUAG